AUGGAGAAGAAAAGCAAAACGGAGCAUGAAGAUGGCCGAUUGCAACAACAUCUGAUUCUUUUGCUUGCUAUUGCUUUAGGGUUUUUGAUCAUGGACCCUUUUGAAUUGAGUCCGGUGGGGGGACAUGAUUUCCGACCGGUGAAAAACGACAUUGCGCCUUACAACCAAGUGAUGGAGAGUUGGCCAGAGGACAAUCUUAGCCGAUUGGGGCUCGGGAACUUGGAGUUUGUGGAUCAAGUGUUUGGACCCGAAUCGUUGGAAUUUGAUCCGUUAGGACAUGGACCGUAUACUGGUUUAGCUGAUGGUCGGAUUGUGAAGUGGUUAGGCGAAGAUCGAGGAUGGGAAACAUUCGCUCUUGUGUCUAAAAAAUGGUCGGAAGAAUGUGCUACGGGAAAAGAUUCGACGACAUACAAGCAAUGGAAGAUGGAAGCGUUUUGCGGACGGCCACUUGGACUGCGUUUUGACAAAAGUAAUGGAAAUCUGUACAUUGCUGAUGCAUACUACGGACUUAUGGUGGUUGGCCCUAAUGGUGGCUAUGCAACACCGUUAGCCACCGAGAUUGACGGGAAACCCAUAAUCUUUGCAAACGAUCUCGAUAUACAUAGCAAUGGCUCCAUCUUUUUUACAGAUACCAGCAAGAAGUAUAAUAGAGUGAACCAUUUUUUCAUAAUGUUGGAAGGAGAGGCAAGUGGAAGACUUUUAAGAUAUGACCCUCCGACGAAGUCGACUCAUGUUGUAUUGGAUGGGUUGGCGUUCCCGAAUGGAGUUCAAUUGUCCAAGGACCAAUCCUUUCUUUUAUUUACCGAGACUACAAAUUGCAGGCUUAUGAAAUUGUGGAUAGAGGGUGAAAAGAGAGGAAAAGUCGAGCUGGUAGCGAACUUACCUGGAUUUCCCGACAACAUAAGAAUAAACGAAAAGGGUCAAUUUUGGGUGGCUAUCGACUGUUGUAGGACUAAGGCUCAAGAAGUACUGACGAACAACCCUUGGAUGAGGAGUGUAUACUUUCGAUUGCCAUUUCAGAUGCGCUAUUUGGCUCGGGUUAUGGGAAUGAAAAUGUACUCGGUGAUAUCCCUUUUUGACGAACAAGGGGAGAUCUUGGAUGUUCUUGAAGACAAGAAUGGGGUCGUUAUGAAGCUAGUUAGUGAAGUUAGAGAAGCCAAUGGGACGUUGUGGAUCGGAACAGUGGCUCAUAAUCACAUAGCAACUCUACCAUACCCUUGA